CUCACCUUGUAGGCCACGGAAUAUCCAUCACACCCAUUCUUCCUCGGCCAUGACGGCCGCCACAACCUCCCCUCUGGGAGGAUCUUCCAAAGAGGUGCGCAAGAAUUUUGUCAUCGCCUUAGGUAUGAGCUUCGUCUUGCUGCAGCUUCUGUUCCUGGGGAAUUUGUCCUAUAUCUACGGAACUCAAUAUAAGGAUAGCGCCCGGUUUCACGCUUUCAAGAUGCUUUAUGUCGACUAUGACGGAGACGUGGUAGGCCAAUCGGUGCUCGAUGCAUACGAGAUAUUGCGUGGCAACGGAUACCCCUCUCUGAUACAGUCACCAGUUAGCGUAUAUCCAAACCCAAAGGAUGUCAAAGCCGCUGUAUGCAAGGGCGACUACUGGGGCGCAGUCUAUGCCAAUCCCGGCGCGUCCUCGAAUCUCUCCGCCGCGCUGGCCACAGGAAGCGGCAGCCGGAAGUCACUGACAUAUGUGUGGAACGGGGCACGAUACCCAACAUUCGCCCAGAGCGCGAUCUACUCGAGCAUCAUGACCCUCAUACAAGUGACCAAGUCAUCCUACUACACCCGCAACGCAUCUAACGUACUGGCCACCGCACCGUUGUCGAAAAAUCCAGCAAGCCUCCAGGCCUUCCUCGAUCCCAUCCAAGCAACCGAAAUCAACAUCAAAGCCACCCAACAGGGCACCCGCGUGCUAUACAACACCGUCUCAAUGGUGAUGCCGAUUAUCCAGCAGUUCUUCUUCAUGAUGGCCCUCAACGGCAUCUCAGCGAGCUUCCACCUGUACACCAAACUCGGCCCGAACAAGAACGGACUCCUGCGCCUGUGUGUCUCCCUUGCCUACACAUUCAUAGGAUCAUUAUGUAUGGCCGGAUAUAUUUGGGCAUACCGGGAGUCCUGGGAUGUGAAUAGCAACCAAUUUACACUCUCCUGGAUGAGUAUCUGGCUCUACAUGCACAUCAACUUCCUUAUUGUCGACAUCCUCACCGCAUUCAUUCCAUUGCAAUUCCUCCCCUUCUGCAUACUCACGUGGGCGAUCAUCAACGUUGCAAGCACGAUCAGUCCUUUCGAGAUCAGCCCCGGCUUCUACCGCUGGGGCUAUGCACUCCCCUCUCACGAGCUGUACCAGGUCCUCGUGCAGAUCUGGAGCGACGGCUGCGAGAAUCAGCUACAUCGCGCCUUGCCCAUCAUGUUCUCCUGGUGGAUUGCUUGUCUCGCUAUUGUCCCCUUCGCCAUGCGCCAUCGCUGUCAAACUGCCUUGGCGGCCGAACAGGCUGCGAGCGGACCUAUUGCAGAUGACAAAACGACCGCUUCACAGGGGGGCAGUACCGAUCGGGAGGCAACGCCCCACUCACGAGCUUCGAGUACGCGGGGAAUAGUGCCGCAGGGUCAGCGGCCGACGGCUGAGUCCAUUCGGCUGGAGAAUCUUGCUUACGGGCCGAGUUAUCCGACUCCGGGUGUGAGGCAGGAUGAGUUGUGA